UGACAACGUCACAAUAUGAUACCUGCCUGCUUAGUUACUGAUAAGCCUUCGUCUACAAUCAGUCGUAAUAUCUUCAACUAAGAAUUUCUCCUUUGUUAUCAUUAUCAUAUUUACACGUACAUUGAACCGAACGGUACCUAACCAUGUCCUCAACACACAUUUUCAACGUAGAAAUGACGUGCGAAGGUUGCUCGGGUGCCGUUGAGAGAGUUCUCAACAGGCUAAAGGGGCAGGGCGUUGACAAUGUAUCUAUAAGUUUGCCAGAACAAAAGGUGUCAGUCACUUCUACACUUAAUGCUGACCAGUUGUUGGAUGUUAUUAAGAAAACAGGCAAGAAAACGACAUAUGUGGGAACACAAUAGUGAAGUGUACACUGUAAACAUAACUAUCAUAGUCUUAUAAAGAAACCUAUGGAGUAAGAUUUGCAUAAUUCGAAAAUGUAGCUAUCUAUGUAUUAUGUUACAAUUUUAAGGGCUAGGAGACUGCAUGAGCCAAAAACUGA